AUGAAAAAAGCCUCCGCUUCAUUGCCGAGGUGCAAAAGCACCGUGUGUUUUGGGAGAAAAAAAAAUUACAAAAAUGUAGUUUUGAAGGGCGACGCGUGGGCUGCGAUAGCGGCCAAGGAGGAGGUUUCGCCACAAGAUGCGAAACAUCUGUGGUCCCGACUCCUUGGCAUUUAUCGGACCAACAAGGCUAAGAUUAAGAAGACGACGCAAACCGGUGCAAGCAAUGACGACGUGUUCCGGCCACGGUGGUUCGCCUACCAUGCGAUGUCUUUUGUAGACGAGGCCACCCAAGAUGCGGUGCAUGUAGACACGCUUGGCUACGACGAUGAGGGCCUCACUCUCCGUCCCCUCGUGGAGGCAGCCUACGCGGUUCCACAAUCGUUGGACGACAUCGAUUGGGAUGCCGCGGUUGCCUUCGACCCCGAGCCAUUCUCUCCCACUCCUUCUUCCUACCCUUCUGCUUUAUCCGUCACUCCUGGCACGAUCCGCGAGGGAAACGGUGUGAGUGGGGCCCUCAACAACCGGCUGCAACAACCGGUUUCGGGCGCAACAGGCGCACCGGAAACCGCAGAUCUGGACGAUUUCGGCCGGUGGAAAAGACUAUUGCGAGCUACAGCAUAUGUGCACCGAUUCAGACAAAACUGUCAACGCAAGGCCAAAGGUUUGCCAAUAAUGUCCGAAAAAGCGACCAAUUCCCAGGCAUGCCGCAUAAAAAGACAUGUGCUACCUGAUGAGCAGCCAAUAAGCACGGAGGAAUACCUUAAGGCCGAGCAAACGCUAUGGCGCAUGGCUCAAAAGGACGCCUUCGAUAAAGAGAUGAAAGACGUGGGCAACAAAGGUGAAGUGGAUCGCUCAAGUCCACUAUAUGCAGCAACACCAAUCCUAGAUGAGCAGGGUGUUCUGAGAGUGGAUGGUCGGACCGCCAAGGCAAAUUUCGCGUCGUACGAUACACGAUUUCCUGUAAUCCUCCCGAAUCAGCACCCGAUUACGAAUUUACUGAUCCUCGACUACCACUCGAGAUACGGACAUGCGAACCGAGAGACAGUGGUAAACGAGAUCAGACAGAGGUUCCACAUUCCCCAUCUGCGAGCAGCUGUUGAUAGGUCCGCGAGAAAUUGCCAGCGCUGCAAAAUAAAAAAGUGUCAGCCCAAAAAUCCUCGCAUGGCGCCUCUUCCGGCUGAAAGACUUACCACACACGUCAGAGCAUUCAGCAACACGGGAAUUGAUUACUUGGGACCGUUAGACGUCGUUAACGGGAGGCGCAAAGAAAAGCGGUAUGUUGCCGUCUUCACCUGCCUCGUGACCCGUGCCGUACAUCUCGAAGUGGCACAUAGCCUCUCCACCACGGCGUGCAUUAUGGCCAUAAGACGAUUUAUUGGCAGGAGAGGGCCACCCGCAGAGAUCUGGUCCGAUAACGGUACCAACUUUAACGGCGCCAGCAACGAGCUAAACAGACAGUUAGCGGACACUCACUAUAGCUGCGCGGACACCUUCACCAACGCUAACACCAGGUGGAACUUUAACCCACCAUCCGCAACACACAUGGGUGGCGUCUGGGAGCGCAUGGUGCGCAGUGUCAAGGAAGGGAUGAGCGCACUGGACGACGGACGCACCAUAAACGAUGAAACUCUACUAACAACUUUAGCCGAAGUCGAGUUCCUGAUUAAUACGCGACCACUCGUGUAUCAGCCGCAAGUAUCCGAUUCAGAAGCACUAACGCCAAACCACUUUCUCCUAAGGCAUUCGUCUGGUCUGAAGCAGCACAUGCGAUCGUGUCCGGAUCUUAGCGAUGCUUUGAAGAGCAGCUACCAAAGAUCCAUGGUUCUUGCGGACGGCAUAUUGGAACGCUGGCUGAUGGAGUAUUUUCCAACUCUGAACCGUCGGACGAAAUGGCGAGCGGAGAAUCCAUCGUUGCGUGUCGGGGACCUCGUCUUCAUCGCGGAAGGACACCGGAAAGAUUGGACACGCGCUCAAGUAGAAGAAGUGUUUACCGGUAGUGACGGCAAAGUAAGGCAGGCGAUUGUGCGUACAGCGCAGUGCAAGCGCGUGAAACGGCCAGUGGCGAAGCUAGCUAAGUUGCCAGUAGAGGUUGAAAGCAGGAGUUGA